CUGGAGGAGACGAACCACACGUCGCUCAGAGGCUGAGACGAGCCACGUCCUGUGAAGUAAAACAGCCUUCAUCCCCACAGCGAGGGGAGCGACCCCCCCCCACCCACCACCACCACCACCACCCACCACCGCCCACCGGUGAGCCAGCCUCCCGGCGCGUUCGAGCACACCUCCCGUGGAAAGGUAGAACACUCCGCAGCCAAAAUGGGCUGCUUUGGAUUCCUCAAAAUGAUGAUGUUCUUAUUCAACGGCAUUAUAUUUUUGGCAGGUGCGGCCGUCCUGGGCGUCGGCAUCUGGGUGAAAGUGGACAGCGGCUCCAUCCUGGCGUUCCUGGGGAAGAUUGAAAACGCGCCGGCCGGGCUCUCUCACGUGCUGAACGUGGGCUACCUGCUGAUCGCCGUCGGAGCGUUGCUGCUGGUCAUCGGCUUCCUGGGCUGCUGUGGCGCCGUCAGAGAGAGCUCCUGCAUGCUGCUGCUGUUUUUCAUCAUAGUCAUGGUGGUCUUCAUAGCGGAGGUAGCAGGAGCUGUGGUCAUCCUGGUAUUCAGACCCUUGGCUGAAGAGCUGCUGACCAAGUUUGGCGAAGUUGCAGCUAAGAACAUCCACAAGGACUACGGGAACAACUCUGACGUGACGGGACUGUGGAACGCCACCAUGAGCAGCCUACAUUGUUGUGGAUUCUACAACUCCUCAGACUUUGUUGGCUCUCCGUAUUACAACCAACACCACCAUCAAUACCCGCCACAGUGCUGCCUCCCCACUGUGCAACUCUGCAACCAGACCAUCGUUGACAGUGACCCGAUGGUUACCGGGUGCUUCGCAAAGAUCAAAAAGCUGAUUGAAGACAACAUGGCGGCCAUUGUGGGAGUGGCCCUGGGAAUCGCCGCUCUGGAGAUAUGUGCCAUGGGUGUUUCCAUGAUCCUUUACUGCAGAAUAAAAUCCAGAGGGGACUAACUGCAAAUGGUGAAGGCCUUGGAAGGAUCGUUUUAAUCAGUUGGGUCAAAGGGAAAAAAUAAAAUGCCUUUUUAUUCAGCAAAAAUUCCCUGUUUAUUAAAGGCAGUUAAUGUAAUUUAUACGGCAAUCCGACUCUCUGAAUGACAUUACAAAUCUAUUUUUACCAGAUCUAUAUUAAAUGAAUCGGAUGCCGCGUAUGAAUUUAAAUGAUCUAUUUCUUAAGAACACUACAGUUUGUAAAUCGUUCUACAUCUACUUUGCAAUUACCCGUUGAGCAGUCAAUGAGGAGUCACAACACCUGCGUCCGUUGUGGUUAUGAAACAGAGGCUGGUAGGUUGACACAGGAACCCCCGUUGUUGAUGUUGAUGUAUGAUAGUAACAGAUAUGAUGCACUAUUUCUAUGUAUAUUGUAUGGUGUUGAAUUUUAAAAUAAAGUAUUUGUAGACUGGUGA